AUGCCCAAAGACCCCCCAACAGUGUCCACCCCCUCGAAACGCAAAUCACCCUACCCAUCCUCCUCCGACAAACGGAAAAAGACCACAGCAAUCACCCGCAACCCGGACGAACAACCAGCCCACACCUCAAUCAACGACCUCAAGCGCCGAAUCCGGGAUGUCAAGCGUCUCCUAAACAAACCCGAUCUUCCUGCCGACAAGCGCAUCAUCCAGGAGCGCGCGCUCAAGGGUUAUGAGAAGGAAUUAGCGGAUGAGGAGAGGAGGCGCGAGAGGAGUAAGAUGAUCAAGAAAUAUCAUUUUGUGAGGUUCUUGGACCGUAAAACAGCCACAAAAGAACUCAACCGCCUAACACGCAAACACGACGAACUCGCGCAAUCCGACACCACGGAGGGUGACGCAAAAGCGAAGAAGAAGCUCGCGAAGCUAGUGGCGCGGAUCCACACUGCAAAAGUGAACCUCAAUUAUACGAUCUAUUACCCGCUCACAGAAAAGUAUAUCUCGAUUUACGCGGAAAAGAAGCAGAAAAAGAAGGGCAAUGACCAAAACGUCGAUGAAGAGCAGUCGGGUGCAGAGCAAGAGGAAGCGGGUGCUGGUGGUUCGACCGUAGCUGAGCGGACCGCUAUGUGGCGUGUUGUUGAGAAGUGUAUGGAGGAGGGGACGUUGGAUCUUCUCCGGGAGGGCAAGUUGAAUGCGAAUGGGGAGAAGAAGUCGAAGGCGGAGAGGUCAGAUAAGUCAGAUACCACUUCGAGGAACGACGUCGGUGGGAAGAAGGGGAGCAAGGAGAAGUUUGACAAGCCGAAUGUCAACUCUGGAAAAGCUGAUACUCGGAAAGAGAGGAGCACCAAACACGCACCCCCGCAGCAGGAAGAGGAUGAUGAAAGCGACGGAGGCUUUUUCGAGAUGUAG